UCCCCUUUAAGAGAAUGUCCCUUUAACUUCACCUGAACACACCUGAACUUCCAUUACGGAAGUUUCACUACAGUACAGGAAAAACAAUCCAGAAAAAAAAACACAACAACAUCCUGUGGGGAAAUAUGGGGACAAUGGACACGGGCCCUCCUGGACCAGCAGCGAUGCUCCAAACGCCUGAAUGGGUAGCGGAUGUGGACAAGGUAACAAAGGAUGUAAACAGCACUGAGGAGGAAGAAGAGGAAAUGAUCAAAUCUGCAAGUAUGGAACCCAGUACCCUACAGUGGCCUGAGAAUAAACCUGAACCACAGAUUCUGCCAGUCAAGGAUGAAGAGAGCACAAGCGUGAAAUCAGAUUGCAUCUCACUCCGAUGUGGAGUGAGCCGGACGGAGAGCGAGAGGGAGGAAUUUGGGCUGAAGGAGAUGGAAGCAGGGAAAGAGAGUGUUUCUGACCCUGAGCUGAGAAACCGAGUGAAAAGCACCUGCUCAGAGAUAGAGGUGGUGAACAUAAUGCCAGAGAACGCAGCCCGAGUCUUCAGCCCCAGCAUCACCAUCCUGCGCUCCACCAGCGAGCAGGAGGCUGCAGACGACUGGAGAGAAGAAGAGAGAAGUCCCUUCAUGGGGACACAUGGAACACCGCUAGAAGACUAUUACCAAGACUGGCCCGCCACAUCCAAAUCACGCUGCUGUAGCAUUGGUGGAUCUUAUCGUGAUGCUCUUAAACUGGGUGCGUCUAUGUUCACUUCUGCCCUGAUCUUCCCCUUAUUGGUAUGGGGUGGCUACGUCUUCCUGCCCUUUGAUGCCCCUCUGCUUGACAGCGCCCCCCUACGGCUGGUCUACACGCUGCGCUGCUCUGUUUUUGCAGUCAUACCUAUUGUCCUUGGUAUGUUGGUUCUAGGUGUGUCCCGUCUGAGGUAUCGCUCCUUGAAGCCGCGGUUUGAAGGGGAGAGGGAAGUUCAGCAGGUGGCAGUUCACCAGCGCUAUGUGGAGGACUCCGUCUCCCUCUUUCUCCUUUACUUCCUCCAACUGGCUGUCAUGGCUGCCUACCUGAAUCAGGAUCUGCUUAAACUAAUUCCUCUUCUCACCAUCGUUUUUGCCUUUGGCAGGCUCCAUCUUUGCCCCAGACAUCCCAGAACCACCUGUUCCUCCAACCAAACAGCGGUUCUGGGGCUAGACAUGCCACAUCUGACACCUCUGCUACUGCCAAAUGUAGACCAGAUCUCUUUAGGCUUAGAGCCAGCUUAAAUUGGACUAUAAGACAUUUGUGUCUGAGAACGUUUAAUCCAACUGUGAUUUCUUUUUCCUCUCCUGUUCUUUGCUUUCCUGAUUACUUUUAUAUCAUGACCAGGUGGGUUGAAAUUGCCAGAACUCCAGUCAAAGGAAAGCGAAGAGGUGUAGAACAAAAGGGGGAAUCUGUGUUUUUUUCUCUCUCCUUGAACUAACUUAUAAAUAGAAUUUGUGUAGUGAAACGUUAGACACCAAACUACAAAUUAAAAUGAACUAGCCUUUAUUGCUGCUGAACAAGAUUCGUCAUCACUCAAAAGAGCUCCAAAUAGACUGGUUUCAACUCAACUAUUUUAAGAUGAGAAUGUCAACAAGAAGAAAACAAAUGUCCAAUUAUUUAUUCCAAGUAUCUAUUUUUUCUAAUUUGGUUAGGCAUCGUUUGCUUAUUCAAGUCUACAUUGUGUGGUGUGUGAAGUUAGUGGCCUGCCCAAACAUGUAAUUUUCCACAACCACUCCUUCAUCUCUUUGGUAAUUUAAGGGCAAUGUGAUGUUUACUGUGUGCAAAGUGUAGACAUAUUUUGAACAGAUUUGUUAAAAGAUAUGACUUAAGUAAUCAAUUAGAAGAUCUUGUAAAUGAAAUACUAAUCAGAGAUAUAAGAAAACUGUAGCCUAGUGCAACUGAAUGUAUUAAGCUGGAAUUAAUUCCUGUUCGUUAUAUUUUCAUAAACAUUUUUAACAAA